AUUCCGUAUUUGACGACUCAGCUCCGUCUAUAAAGUGAACAUAUCCCACGAUGUCAUAUCCAAUGUAGGUGAACAUCUCUAACAACCAUUACCCCACACCCUCCAUCCCAAACCUCUUUUCAGCCCCCCCAAACAAAACCAUGCCCUCCAAAUCCCCAACCCUGACCAUCUUCCGCGACCGCGACGAUCCAGGUGCAUACACCUGGUCCCCCUUCGUCGUCAAGCUCGAAGCGCGCCUUCGCUUUUCUCACCUACCAUACACCACACAGGCAGGGACGCCCUCAGCGUCGCCGAAGGGGAAACUGCCAUAUGUGCGGAUAGAAGAGAGCGAUGGGCAGUCCUCUCUCCUCAGCGACUCCGCACUGAUCACAAAAUCAUUGAUCAAAUCCGGAACCAUCACAGACCUGAAUGCAGGCCUAUCCCCCGCACAAGCAGCGACUGACCUAGCCAUCCGCGCCCUACUAGAAGAUAAACUCUACUUCCUAAAUGCCCACGAACGCUGGAUCACCAAUUUCUACACCAUGCGCGACAUCGGCCCCCUCUCCACAAUCCCCUACCUCCCCCGCCUGAUCAUCGGCCAAAUCGUGUAUAGCAAAACAAUACGCACCCUCCACGGGCAAGGCACAGGACGCUACUCGCCUGCUGAGAUCGCGGCACUGAGGCUGGAGACGUGGACGGUGCUUGAUGGGAUGGUGGGGGAGGGGUGGGUAUUAGGGGGUGAGGGGCCGACGGAUGUAGAUGCGUGUUUGUUUGGGUUUUUAGUCUCGUCUUUGACUGCUUCUGCGAACCCCGAGACGAAGGCGAUAAUUCAGGGGCUGCCGAAUUUGAUGGGGUAUGCGGAGAGGGUGCAUGAGGAGUACUUUUCGGAUUAUAAAAAGUGGGAAUGAAACGGUCUUCUGUGUGCGGAGUUGUUGUUUCUGCUAUGCCCGUGUUAUAUUUAGUUUUUUAUCAGUUAGCUGUAUCAAUAAUUGUGAAGCAACCCUUCUCUAUCAAUAAAUUCAUCAGCCGCGAUCCCCGCGCACCAA